AUGUACAUCCACCCAAUGCCGCAUUCCGGGGCUGCGGCUGCCGAGGCAGUCCAGACGGACAAAACAUCGAAGAACGUUGGCGGCAGGAAGGCCGCCACUCCCCCUUUACUUCGCGGUUUUAUUUUCGAAGGGGCUAAAGCCUCAGCCCAGAAACCAGCUCUUGUGCCCAUCUCGAAGCCGGAAUUAUCAGGACAAGAUCUGGGACGCCUCGCCGCGUCUAGAUCUCCGUUCCAAAAUGUCGACAGCCGCAUCAGGACUAAGAUGUUUCAAGCUCUCGCAACCACUUCUGAUUCUAUCUUUGUUCUGACCGCCAAUGGUAAAGCCUACCAAGAACCCUUUGCCGUUCGCGGUGUCCCUGUGGAGCGUAUCGAUGAAUCGUCACCCUACUAG